AUGGAGGGUGGCGACCCUACCCUCCUUCGGUAUGCCGCUCAGCCCGACGUAGUAUUGUCUCAGGAGAGAGAUCUAUACUACGCGAACAGGUUACUAGGUGAAGGUACCUCGGAGCUGGCCGAGACGCUGCUGGGAGCUCGCAGGGUGAUGAUACUCGCCCCCGAACUGAGGGCGCUUGCUUCUUGUCUAUACUUCGGCCUCACUAACCUUGCAGGCAAGCAAACUCUUGGGCAGGAGUACUGCGGCAUUGAUCUGGUUCCCUCAGGCCGGGGCGGCGGCAGGGAGUCUUCCCCUCUCUCCAGGAGGCCGUUGCAAGCGUACACGUUUCUCCGCGUGGCUGUGCCGUACCUCCAGGAACGCAUGCGGGAGGGCUGGCACGGGUUACGAUCCCUGAGGGAUCCCUUCGGGAGCGGCGGCGCAGCCACUUCCCUGGCAGCGGCCCGCGCCAGAGCGCGCGCUCGCGCGGCUGUGGCACCGCCGGUCGGCAUUGCCGUUUCUUCGGUGUCCGGCGGAACGGCAGCAGCCGACAGGGCGGGGUCGUCGGAGGAAGAGGAGGAGAAUGUGGUACCGACGGAAGCAGCGAUUGACGUUUCUUCCGGCGAAAGUGGCGGCGGGGCACGGGCACCGCCGCUCGCGUCGCCAAGUGCCCGCUCGUCGCCGCCGCCCGUGGUGGCGUUUUUGCGGCGGGUCCUCGCCUGGGCAAGGCGAAGACGACCCGCGAUGUCGGGGGUGCUGGAGUGGGCCCUGCGGUUGCACCUGGCCGCGUUUUACUUCGACGGGCGGUUUGCGAACGUGGCCAUGAGGGCCGUCGGCGCAAGGCUCGCGUACGCUCGGCCGGAGCAGGAAGCGGCGCGCACGCGCUACGCGGUGUUGGGGCUGCUCCUGCUGCUGCAGGCGGCGGCGGAGGCUGCCACGGCGAGUGCCGAGACAGCGGAGCGAUGGAGGGCCACCGCGAGAGCGGCGUUGUCGGAGAGUUUUCCGAGGAGCACGGAGGGGGAAGCGGUCUGCGGGGAGGGAGGGGGCCCUAGCGACCUUGGGGAGGGAGUUGGCGAUACGGCGCUGCCGCCGCGAGUGCCGGCUGCCACGCGAGGGAGGACCCCGGCGGACGUAGCCCUGUUUCCUCCAUCUCGCCGACGCUGCUCCCUCUGCAUGUCGAGCAGGGAGAACGUUGCGGCCACCCCAUGUGGACACCUGUUUUGUUGGGAGUGCAUCGUGGGGUGGUGCCAGACGAACCCGGAGUGCCCGCUGUGUAGGCAGCCCGUUGCUCCUCAGUCGAUCGUGUGCUUGUACCAGUACGCGUGAGAGGAUGGCACGUGGGUCGGCCGCUUUGGCAGGGACACCAAAUUGAGGCCGGUAGGCCAGCCUUUUUGGUACAACGUACGUCAACGUCGAAGAAUAGCGACAGGAUUUAUCGAAAAUGUUACUUUUUUGUCU